AUGCAUAGCUACCCAAAUUUCCGAAUACAUAGAAAAUGCCUUCGCCUCCAAGGCUUGGUUGUAUAUCUCACUUUCCCGUUUCGGUGGCAGGAAACAGUAGCGCCUCAACCGGGUGAUGAUGAUGAUGAUUAUGAUCGUUCACCUGUAGCACCGUUUCGGUGCCUAGCUGCCAUGCCACACGAAGGAGGCACGAGGGCUGGGAUACUGCCAGGUUGCCCAAGCCUAGACAGGGGAAGUCGAGAGGCAGAGGUCAGGUUCGAACCACGGACCUUCCGCCGAAGUCGUCUGGCCACUUGGUGUCCUCCAACAACAGGCCGGCCACAAACUCAAAUCGACCACAUCGCCAUCAGUUACCGAUGGCGCGGAUCCAUAACUGACUGCCGGUCGUUUUGGAACACAUUUGUGGGAUCUGACCACGCGCUCGUCCGGAGUCGCUUCACCCUACGUUUCCCGGGACCGCGUCAGGUUCGGACAAAUCGCAUGGCAACUGAAAGACUGGCAGAUCCGGAUGUCAGACGAACUUACAAGAAUCGUCUUCUAGAGUCUCUUCCAAAUGCUCCACCAUCAGAUGAUGGGGACCGCGUGAUCCUCACUGUGCCUGGUUGGAGACACUACAAUAUAUGGCUGCCAACCGAUGUCAGUGGCGUUCUUGUUGUCAGUUUCUAUCCAGAUUGCCUGAGUGAAUGUGUGGAGGUGCUUUCAAAUAAAUCAUGGUUGUACGGCAGUGAAGCAUCGGUGUUGAACACUGAUGUCAUGCUGUCGAUGAUGAUGAUGAAUGUUAAUUGGAGAAUUGACUACAAGAAACAGUUGGGAAAAACGGAACGCGUCACUACUCAGCCGUUUCAAACUUUAUCAAACAUGUUUCAAUCAUUUCACGCAAAUGCAGUUCGCGAAGAGUGA